UCGUGCCAGGGCAGCUGCGAAGGGCUCGUCCUGUCCGUCUGUCCGUGUGUCGCAGCUGAGGAGGAACCACAGGCGCCAUCCCGCACUUCUGUCCAGGACUCACAGCGAGAGCAGAGGCCCCGUGCCCAAGAAUGGACAGUGCUCUAGACCCUUAGCAAAGCUCCACAGCAGGCAAGGCAGAAAAGGAACGAAGGCGCUGUAGGAUGUUCAACACCAGCACAAACUCCUCGGGAAACAACUGCAGCCCCCGCACAGCAGUGACCACGACAGUCAUUCCACUGCUCUACUCCUUCAUCUUCCUCACGGGGCUCUCCCUGAACGCCCUGGCAGGCUGGGUCUUCCUGCACGUUUCCAGCACAAAGAGUUUUAUUGUCUAUCUCAAAAACAUCGCCGUGGCCGAUCUCCUCAUGAGCCUGACGUUUCCUUUCAAAAUCCUGGCUGAUUCAGAGAUUGCACCUCCAGAGCUCAACCUGUUUGUGUGCAGAUACUCUGCAGUCAUGUUCUACAUGAACAUGUACAUUGGGAUCACCUUUUUCGGCCUCAUAGGGUUUGACAGAUACUACAAAAUUGUAAAACCUUUGUUCACCUCCUUUGUUCACACAGUGAACUACAGCAAGGUGGUCUCUAUAAUCAUAUGGCUGUCGUUAAUGCUUAUAUCAUUUCCAAAUAUGAUUCUAACUAAUGAAAUCACUAAAGACAAUUAUUCCAGAAAAUGUAUAGGUCUUAAAAGUGAGCUUGGCAGACAGUGGCACACAGCGACAACUUAUAUUUGCACAGGGAUUUUCUGGGUUGUUUUUGUUCUGCUAAUCAUAUUUUACACUGCUAUAUCCAAAAAAAUAUACAGCUCUUACAAAAAAUUCCGAAGGAGCUCAGACACGGCCAAGAGAAAAACCAGCCGGAAUAUAUUCAGCAUCAUGUUUGUGUUUGUCAUUUGCUUUGUGCCCUACCACCUCUGCAGGACCCCAUACACCCUGAGCCAGACCAGCUCCCAGUUCACCUGCCAGUCCCAAAAAUCACUGUACUAUGCCAAGGAGUUCACUCUGGUGCUGUCUGCUGCGAACAUCUGCCUUGACCCCAUUAUUUAUUUCUUCCUCUGCCUCCCCUUUAAAGAAAAGCUGUAUCAAAAACUGCAUCUCAAGCUGAAAGCUUCGAGUGAGGUUGAAAUUUCUAAAUCCAGAAGAUCAAAUACACUUCGGGAAAGUAUAAACAUCUUGUAGUUUCAGGUCUGUACAACUGUGCACGUUUCAGGAAGUCAUUCAGGAAUGCAAAUGUCCCAAAGAAACACAACAGAUGAGAACCAGCAACAAACAAAAGAGGUUUCAACACAAAACACCAAGUGCUCUUUUCUCUGUAUAUAACCAUUAUUGCAUGUGCCAAUGUAUUCACUAUGUGCUGUUUCACUGACGCUGUGAUUGCAUUAGGAUGUGACACAACCCACCUGGAUCUUCAAAACACACAGAGGAGUACCUGGAAUGGCAUGUUCUAGAGCUCCAGGCCAUAGGUCUCUGAAACGAUCAUCCAAAAGACCCAAACCCAAACCAAUUUUCUGCUGUUUCUCACAAAGCCAGGCACGACACACGACAACCACCAGAGCAGCCUGACAGCCCUGGGAACAUCCAACAGCUCCCCCUCGAGCAGGCAGAGCCCUCGCAGGCAGCACGAGGAUGGGCAGCACCAGUCUCUCAGACUUGGCCUCCACCAGCCCAAUCAAGGGGACCCAGACUGUGCUGGGAAUCUCACUCGUGUAUCUCCUGGGUCACAGAGCAAAGGGUUGGUGGCAAUGCACAGCUUA